CUCCGUGGGAGACGGAAAACUACCAGAGGAGGCAGGACGCCAGCUGUAGACACUAGUCGUGUUUCUGCACGGGGAGGAAGACAACUUUCCACAGCCAUAGGCCAGUUUCCUCUUGGAAUCUCGCCCCUCAUUCCCUACCCCCAAAAACUGAGCCUCCCACCCCUGCACCAGGUCCUGCAACACGGUGCUACACUGGUGCAUUCACAAAGGUCCAGAGAGAGGGGAGAGCGGGUUCAUCAUGGCUAGUCUGAGGUUUCACCUGGCCAGCGUUAUGGCACUCGCUGUAUUGACGACACUGCUGAGCCUCAGAGCCGUCAGCGGUGCUCCCUCCAAGUCCGCUGUCGCCAUCAGUCCUUCGAAGGCACAAGAGUUCCUGGCUAAGCUGAACCGGCCCAAAAGAAACGUCUGGGAUCGCAGCCGCCCAGACGUACAGCAGUGGAUUCAGCAGUUCAUGUACAUGGGCUUUGAUGAGCAGAGGCUGGAAACCGACUUGGCGUACUGGUUGGACCAGUCACGAGCAACGGAUCAAGGUCGUCAGCACCAUCACGAUGAGAACUCCCCGCAUGCCAACGGCGACCCGGGCAAUUAUAGACACGGCGCCAAUGUAAACUACGACUACUACUAAAACACGCACACGCAAAGAAGACCAUCUCCCGGAAACAGAGGACGGUGUCUUGAUUAGUAGCCGUUCCCAUUUUCUUACCCGUAGUCUCAUUAAAACAUUAACCUUUACGUAUUAUCUCCUAUUAUUGUGUAGGCUACAUUCAGUUUAAUUGAUUGUUCAACUAAACAUAUCACCUGAUCUUAUACAAAAGUUAUGACGUCAGUGCUGAUUAAAUGCAUGUAAAUAAAACAUCAAUUUUCAAUCACCAGCGUGGAUUAAUUGGCCUCAAAAAUACUAGGCACAUUCAUAUAGUUAUGAGGAUCUAAUUUCCCUGCUUAGUUUCUGCUGAAAUAUGAAUCGCCAAUGACUUUAUAAAAUCACAGUAGCAACGAUAGGGAAAAUGUUAUCAGUCCCAUCAGAAUAUUUUUGCAUAACGGCAAUAACAGGCAAAAUGUUAGGCUUAGGCAUGAGUCAGACUACGCAUUGCAAAUUGAAUGUCAGAUAGCAACAACCUCACAUUGAAAAAGCCAAAACAAAUAUUGAAAAUGUUUAUUAAAAUAGCAUCUCCACCUGAAAAGAUAGUACACGAUUCACAUAUCCACAGAGCUUUCACAAAGUAGAAGAAGGAAGCAUUGAAACAGAAGAUGGUUCGGAAACAGCCCAGUCCCUGCGCUGUGUUCUGUAGCAGAAGUGAGACGGAACCAGCGCGGUACAGCAAGCUUUACGAUAUCCACAGAGGAACAGAUGGGGCCGCCCCCAUUGAACGACAGCAGACCAGUAAAUCCACAGGGCGAUUCAUUGAAGCCACUAUCAGCCAGUCCAUCCCGGGGGGAGACAUUUAAAUAAGAACAAAAACACGAAACACAAACACCCUGCAAGCGUAAACACUACUCCACCUCUCUUACUUCAGCAAAAGCUUAAUUUAAAUAGCAAUCAAAAAACGCCAUCCAAAAACAUAAAUUUAAAAAAGAAAAUGGCAAAUUUUGAACGAAUGGCUAGUCCUCGUCUAUUCAACGUCCUCCUUUCUCUCAUAGCCCCUGUAGCCAUGUCCAACCUGCCCCUGAUACUCCCUGGAGGAAGUCCUUCACUCAGCAAGUGCAGCAACGGCCAUGUUGAAACACCGUCUUCAAGUCUAUUUUCACUCUUGUUUUUUCCAGGAAUGAGAAAGAGUUCCUUACCUGCACGCACGAAAACACAACCCUUUCUUUAUUCAUUCAAUUCAGGAGUGCACAACACAAUGUCAUGUCCAUGGAGAAGUCUACCCAAAGAGGUCCUACAAGAGAGACGUUUCGGUGUCCACACCAGCGGUCGCUUCACGUAGGAAGUCGGACCUCAGUUAUGUCUGGGGCGUCCCUUCUUCAUCCGCGCCGCCUUGGGCUUGGGGAUGUACUGGUUGUUGGCCUGGUGCUCCAGCUCUCUGCUGAAGUACUGGAUGGUUUUAUUCAAUCCCUCCUCCAACGGUACCUGGCCAAACAAACAGAACACUCCCUUAAUUUGUAUUGCGAGGACUAGCCAUAGAAUGAACUAUGAGACCCUACGGUUCAUGUUUUGGGCGUUGCAGAGUCAGAUUGGUAAAAUGAUGAAUCCCAGUUUACCCCUACUGUGUACCACUGUUCUUCCUAAUGAUGAGACGCAGUGUAGACCUUGUAGUCAUGGGACACCUGUGGUGGCCUGUGUCCAACCAUCAGUGGCGGCUGGUGGUGUUUAAAGUGAGGAAGGACUGCCCGCUUUUCGCUUGGUUGCCAUUGGCCUGCUUGCACUGUUGGUGUAUGGUGGCAUAAGAAUGUGAGACUCAAGUUGUUUCAGGGUGUUUCGGUGAACUACAAAAUAGUAGGGAGGGAUAGUUAUGGGAAUAAAAUUGAUACAGUGAUGCCACCAGUGGCAUCACUGUAAUUUGAAAGCUGGUGGGCAGCAUGGCUUUGAAAUGGACUACGGGCAGAAGGAAAGGAUGCAAUGCCCAUUAGCCAAAUCGGGCUUACUCUUGAUUUUAAAAACUUAAUAAAAAAAGCUGGGCCUAUUUUUGCCCUCAAAGACUGGAGUUAUUGGUUGAAAUUUAGCUAUGUUUAUUUUCAGUUACAAUUGUUCUAAGAAAAGACAAGACCAAAAGUGAUGUGACAUUUAAAAUGCAUCAUGCUCUGAAUCAUUCACCCUUUCCACACCCUUUCCACAAUAUCAAACAGAACGGUCAGAGUAACAAACUAGUAAAAGAACGAGAUCAUUAUUUCAAACAACCUGAUCUAUAGGCAUGCUGCCUAGCUAGGAAAGUCGCAUAGCAGCACCAACGUGAACUUGACAGCUGUCGUGGCGUUUGGUUGCCCUAUCAAGAUUAUUCACAUCAGUGUAACCUUGAAUAGCCCACGUUGGAGAUUUGCCAUUAUUCAUUAGCAAACAGGCCCAGCAAUGAGUAAGCCAUGAGUACCUAGCAAACCAUGUAGCACCCACAACACUGACGUUACCAUUACUUUUGGUGAUUUUGAUUUUGCGAAGUGGUCUACCUUUUUCUUUGGUGGCUAACUUAGCACUGUAACUCAAUGAAUGGAAUGCUUUAUGUAAUUAAACAUGAAAAAUG